AAUAAAACCCGAGGAAACCAAUCAGUUAGCUAAACUUCAAGCUUGCUUUAAGGACAUAGAGACCUGGAUGACGAGCAACUUUCUGCUGUUAAACUCAGACAAAACUGAAGUUAUUGUAUUUGGUCCACAACACCUUAGAAACCCCCCUGUCUCUCUCUUUCCCUCUCAAACCAGCCGGUCAAGGCAGAAGGCCGCCGACCAUGAGCCGGGUUCUGUUCAACACCUCAGCAUGUUCAGAAUGCACGACAAUGCCAUCUGGGAUUCACAAAAGAAAUCAUUCGGAGAGAUCAGCGAUCAACAUAUCUCAUAUCCACAUAUGCAGCAGCCUCAAGACGAGAGGAGAGCAGUGCAGAAGAGACCCUUCACCAGGUGGAUGAACGUGUUUCUGCAGGGACGUGAUCCUCCAGUUGAAGUGCACAACGUGUUAAUAGACAUUCAGGAUGGCAAAAUACUCAUGGCCCUUCCGGAGGAGCUACCUGGGUGCAAACUAUUUUACAGGUUUAGGUCAUCUUCUCCCCGCAUUUUCAGACUGAACAACAUCUCCAAGGCCCUGGCUCUCCUGGAUGAAAGACAUUUGAGUCUGCUUGGCAGUGAUGCCUCUGGUAUUGCUGAAGGCCUCCCUUCUGUUGUCCUUAACCUUGUCUGGAACAUAAUUUUGCACUUCCAGGUAAAGGAGGUGAGGAGAGGCCUCCAAAGGCAUUUGUCUUCCAGCCUUUAUUACUUAUCAAUCAGCAGUUACCCCUCCGCUAGUGACCUCUCACCCCAGCCCAAAGACAUUGGCAGCUACUCCUGCAAUACUCUGCCAAGCAAUGGCAGAAAGGCUGCCAGUGGACCAAAGUACCAUGAGAGAGCAAUUGGGACUCUACCGUGAUGGGUAAGAUGCAGAUCAAAGUUUGGGGUGGUGGUGCAUGACUUCGGGAAGAGCUGGCGAAGUGGGAUGGCAUUCCUAGUUAUGAUUAAGUCCAUAAACCCAGACUUGGUUGACCUGAAGUUGAGCUUGUCCAGAGAGCCAAGAGAAAAAAUUCAGCAGGCCUUCAUGAUAGCCCAUCACAGUUUGGAUAUAACCCCUCUACAGGAGCCUGGAGAUGUGACAUGCACUUCACCAGGUGAGUCCAUCAUUACCUAUGAUUCUAUGUUCUUGGGGCAUUGUUCAGACAUAGAUGAAGAUCAUACAACAGAUAUUGAAGUCCCUGAGAUCCCAAAUUUUGGAUCCCUUGAGUCAGUCAGCUUUGGACAGACCCUUGUUGACAACACAGACAAAGGUCAAGCUUUGCUCAGAGGCUUGGAUAAGAGCAGCAAGCACCUACUGUGGAAAUGGUGGUCCAGAAGAUCCUCAGGGAGCCCUCGUGGCACCUCUCUUCACACGAAUGGUGCAGUUACAUCUGACAUCUCCUUAAGCGAAGGUGACAUCAGUGUUGCCACCUCACCAUUCAACAAAAAGAAAUGGAGGUGUAAAAACAUUUUACAGCCACCCAGUCCGCUGGACGCAGGCAUAGUCAGCCAGGUGAUCUGAUCGUGGAUGGAGAAAGGCUUGGAUCAGGUCUACAGCAAGCCAAGAGUGGAUGAGAAUCACUUUUCUUUGAGCUCAGAAGAAGGAAUCUAAAGCUUGUCAGAGCUGGACUCAGAUGAGGAGGAUGUCUACAGCUACAUCCUGGAUCUGUACAAAGAGGCUUUUCAACCAUAUAAUCAGAUGAAAAGACAAAUACCAGGGGUCAAAGAGGAAACAGCAAGAGAGAUGAAUGAAGAGUCAAAACAUCCGGAAGUAUAUGAGAUGUUAAAUUGUAGUGGAUUUAAACUUCAAGAAGGCUCCCUCGUACAAUUAAGAUUUUGAUCUGUGUUUGACAUGGAGCCAGAGGGUGAAAGCCAUAGAAAAGAGGAACCUGUGGACGAGAGAGUUUUUAGACAGAUUAAUGGUUAUGGUGAUUAUGGUCAGGAAGAGAGGGAGAAGGAGGAGACAGAAAAUGUUAGAUUGGUGACACAUGGAUAUGAUAAAACAGAGGCUCUGGUAGUUGAAGCAGAGAAAGCAAAGAUUCUAAAAUGGCUUUCUGUAAAAUGUAUAGAUCUGAGUGAGAAGACAGUAAUAGAUGAAGAGGAAGAAGAAAGUUUGACAAGAAUUGAGGAAGGGCAGGAUGGAAAAUUAGGGAAAGAAAAAGAGGAGGAGGGAAAUAUAAAUAAGGAAGAGAGGGGAAAUCAGCAAAGCGUUGUGACUUUAGAAGGUUUCGGAGUAGGUAUAAAGGAAAAAACAAACGAUGAAGCUGUAUAUGAAGUCAGAGGUGGCGAUGCAGUUCACACAGAAGAAUAAAAUGACAGGAAAGACACUGCCCCCAAAAUGGAAGAUUUAACCAAGAAUAGCAAUAAUGAAGACAUGGAGGAAUACACCAAAGUCAAUAGGUUUUGAGGCAGUCACAACAUUAGAGGAGAAAGGGGAUUGAAGAUUAAGAAACGUAACCUAACUGCUAAGAAAGCAACAAAAAAAAACCAUCUGGAGAAGACUAUCCUCAUAAAUGACACUGAUAGAGGUGUUAACAUUCAUACUGAUGAUAACAGUUGAACUAAUGCCUGCAGUGCAACCUCUCACUCAUUCAGUGAGGGAGGAUUUAUUCUUCAGUCUUUAGCAGCCUCUUGUGACAUAAUCCCAUUAGAGCUGGAAAUGCUCUUUGUCCUGUGGAUCCUACUCUACUGCUGCCUCAUCCUACCUCAAAUGAACCUCUGAGCCCCCCUGCAUUGAGCCUUUCUUAUUAAGAUAUACUUAUUAGCCCAGUUUCCACUAAUGAGCCAAAUGGGGACACUUACGGCUGCGUUGACUCUUUAUCUGUGUCACUAAAUUUCCCUCAAGGCAACAUUUAAUGAUUAUGUUUUCUUCUUGCUGCCAGCAGAUAUAAUUUGUCACUUGGGCUAUAGUUUCAGAUAAACAUAUAAUACUGUUCUCUAUAGUCACACAGAUAUUCAGUUCCUUGUUCUUACACAUUAUUAGACAGGGUUUGUGAGGUGUUUUUGCUGAAUGUUUGUCCAAAAUGCUCUGUUUAUUUGAUUUAUAUUCAUAGCAGAAAUACUCCACGAUUGCAUUGCAGCAUCACAUGACAGACUGUCUAUACAGCAUUCUGUUGACUGCUGAGGUUUCCAUAAGGCCUGCUGUUUAAUUGCAAGCUGUAUUGACAUGGUGAGAUUAAGCUGAUAAUAUUUAAUGAGCACUUUGACAUUUCAUAGACUCACUCACUGUUACUUGUGGCUUAGAAUGUAUAUUGUUUAAUAGUUUUCAUCUCUGUAUCUUCUGUAUGAUAGUUACAGUUUAUCAACAAUUCAGGCUUUUCUCAUGACAUUUUUAUGACUCUAAGAAUAAUAGCGCAGAUACUUGUUCUGUGUAGUAUAUCUUCUGGUCCUUUUCCCAAUAUAGAAUCGGACAUGUAAAUACUGCAUUCAAGGCACUGUAGAAAUAUUGGGCACAUGUAGAAUGCCUUUGCUGGAAUACCACUGUGUACACAGUGAGACUAGAGCAAAAUUUAAGUAUGGUUCAGUUGCAUAAGUGUUCAAAAUCCAUGUUGACCUGA